GAUACGUGAGACAGGCUUUUUCUUACUAACCUGGAGUCAGAUUUUAGCGUUGUGGUACAUUUUCUUAGCAUGAGUUCAUAUUUUGAUUCUUUUUCUAGAUAUUACAUAAACUACAAAUUAAUGAAGAAGAAAGUGAAACAAUAUGCUAUUCAAAUCCAAGUUGGGGUACUAGAUCGCCGUCAUGUUCUCAAGGAUUUCUCAAGAAUGCUUGAUAAUCAGAUUGAGAAGAUUGUCCUUUUUCUGUUGGAACAACAAGGGCUACUUGCAAAGAGGUUAAUGAAGCUUGGAGAACAGCAAGAUGCUCUGCAGGAGCAGCCUGGUAUAUCCCAAAUAGGUGAACUAAGAGAGGCUUAUAGAGCAGAGGGACAAGAUCUUCUGAAGCUUCUCCUUUUUGUUGAGAUGAACGCAACUGGUCUGCGCAAGAUACUGAAGAAGUUUGACAAACGCUUUGGAUAUAGAUUCACUGAUUACUAUGUUAAAACUCGUGCCAAUCAUCCCUACUCUGAGCUACAACAAGUGUGUAAGCAUGUGGGAUUGGGGGCUGUUGUGGGGGCAAUAUCUCGCAAUCUUCAUGAUCUUCAGGGCCGUCGAGGAAGCUAUUUGUCAAUUUAUGAUCAGCCUGCUCUUCCUCUCCAGGAUCCUGUUGUUGAUUCAAUAAAAGCAGCCGUGGAUAGGUUAACCAACUCAACAAACUUCUUAAACUUCCUCGCACAACAUGCACUCAUUAUGCAAGAAGAGCUGCCUGCUCCAACUGAGGAACAAAUUGAUGAUGAGGAGAGAUACCAUUUUCUGUCACUACUUUUGAACUUGGUAAACACAUUUCUUUAUAUGGUAAAUACGUACAUAGUUGUCCCUACAGCUGAUGACUAUUCGAUGAGCCUUGGAGCUGCAGCAACUCUUUGUGGUACUGUGAUUGGGGCAAUGGCUGUUGCACAGUUGUUUUCUUCGGUGUAUUUUAGUGCAUGGUCAAAUAGAUCAUAUUUCAGACCUCUUGUAUUUAGCAGUAUUGUUCUUCUUGUGGGAAAUACCAUGUAUGCAAUAGCUUAUGAUCUUCACUCAAUGUGGAUUCUCCUAAUUGGUCGUCUUUUCUGUGGAUUGGGUUCUGCAAGAGCUGUUAACCGACGGUAUAUCAGUGACUGUGUUCCACUAAGAAUCCGCAUGCAGGCAUCAGCUGGUUUUGUCAGUGCCAGUGCCCUAGGGAUGGCUUGUGGUCCUGGUCUGGCUGGAAUACUUCAGACCAAUUUCAAGAUUUACAAGCUUACAUUCAAUCAAGACACUUUGCCUGGAUGGGUUAUGGCUGUGGCUUGGCUUAUAUAUUUGGUAUGGUUGUGGGUCUCAUUUAAGGAGCCUUCUCAUGAUGUGGAUAAUAAUCCUUCGCCUCAUGAUCCUCUGUCCGAUCCUAUAUUGGCAAAAUCAGUAGAAAGUGACGCGCUGGAGAAAGGUAUAAAACAGCCAUUGCUUAUAAGUUCCACAGACAAAGAAGAAGCUGAAGAUGGUGAGCAAGAAGGUGAUGAAAGUGAAGAAUCUCCAGAGGAAUCUCGUCCACCAGCUACUUCAAUUGCAUCAGCUUAUAGACUACUGACGCCCUCAGUAAAGGUUCAAUUGUUGAUAUAUUUCAUGCUCAAGUAUGCAAUGGAGAUUUUACUCUCAGAAUCUAGUGUUGUUACAACGUACUAUUUUAAUUGGACUACAAGUGCAGUGGCAAUCUUUCUUGCUUGUAUUGGCUUGACAGUUCUUCCAGUAAACAUUUUUGUUGGAAGCUACAUUAGCAACAUAUUUGAAGACAGGCAAAUUUUGUUAGCAUCUGAAAUAAUGGUUUGCAUAGGCAUACUCCUAAGCUUCCAUGCAAUAAUACCAUACUCUGUGCCCCAGUAUGUCUGCUCAGGACUCAUCAUGUUUGUUUCAGCUGAAGUACUUGAAGGUGUCAACUUGUCUCUACUUUCUCGGGUUAUGUCAUCCAGGCUGUCCCGUGGAACAUACAAUGGCGGACUGCUUUCAACAGAAGCCGGAACAAUUGCUCGAGUGAUCGCGGAUGGUACAAUAACACUGGCUGGUUACUUUGGGGAGAGUUGGCUUUUGAAUGCAACUCUACUUCCUUCAUUAGUUAUAUGCAUUUCCUCCAUCGUUGCCACCUGCUUUACCUACAACACCCUAUAUUGAUAAUUGAUUCGUAAAAUCUUCAUUCCUCCCUACUCAAACACCAUUCUCUCUCUCUUUUUUUCCUUUCAUGUUCAAUUGAUCAGCUGUGUAUAUUGUAAAAGGCUAGGUCAUUGAUUCUUCAUGAUUGCCUUCCAAAUCUCUUGGCAAUGCAUUGCCUCAGAAUAAAGGUAAACUAGAUGU